AUGUUGGUCAUCGUAACGUAUUUGCCGGCGCUGUUGCUGUUGUCUGCCGCCGCGCGAGCGGGUCAUUCCGUUCACGAUCCGAACGAAUAUUACAGUGAGCCCAACUAUCAUUUCAACUACGGCGUCAAGGACUUGCACACGGGUGACCUGAAGAGCCAAUGGGAGAAGCGGGAGGGCGACGUGGUCAAAGGGUCGUACAGCUUGAUGGAGCCGGACGGUUCCAUACGGACGGUUGACUACACUGCCGACAGCCAUAACGGGUUUCAACGCGGUCGUGUCCAAAGAGCGGCCACAACGUUCACCCUGCCCAAACACAACCAGCAGCCAAAGCAGUUCCAACACAGCACCACAACAACAACUGUCGCUGCACCAGGCUUACAAGCAACACAGCAGCCGGCUGCCGCGUACCAAGUGCCCCAGCAGCACAGCCGGCGUUUGGUCGCUUACAAGCAGGCGCCACCUGCCAAGUACCCACAACACCCUUCUGUACCGCGCUUCUACGGCAAGUCUUCACCAACGGCCACUGCGGCCGCCGUCAACUACAUGGCGUACCCGAACCCCAAAGCCGAAGCCGAAGCCGCUCCCGAGUACUAUUACUACGCGUCGGCCGUGACGCCCGACACCGAAUCGCUGGCACCGUCCCCAUCACCGUCGCCGACGCCAGACUCGGCCAAGGCCGGUCCCGUUUUGUUCCCGGCUGACAACGCCACGGCGACGGCCGACGCCACGUCCGACCGACCUUCGGCGUCGCCCACGCCAAUCACUCUGCUCAAAUACGAACCUGCGGACAACAACGGCGGCCAACCUCUGUACGCUGACUACAACUAUUACGCAUAA